AUGUCUAAAUAUAAAAAAGGUGGAAAUGUUAUAGAAGAAUUAGAAAGUGAUGAUGAAAAAAUAAUCAAUAGAAUUGAGGAACCAAUAAUAAUUGAAAAUAUUUCUAUUAAUUCUAAUUAUUUUAAUUUGGAAGGUGAUAAACCAUUAAGUGGUAUUAUUAAAACAAUUAUACCAAAAACAUUUGAAAUUUCAGAAAAUGAAUUUAAUAUAUUUGGUUUUAGAAAAUGUAAAAAUAAUGAUGAAAGUGAAGAAGAAUAUGAAUUAAGAUUAGGAGCAUCAGUUUGUAAUGAUGAUAUAUCAAGAAGAAAAAUGAAAUGGUUAGCUCAUAUUGAAUUUACUAACGAAAAUUUAGAUAAACAUCUUAUGUGGGGUGAUAUUGAUAUGAAUAAAUUAAAAAAUGGUAAAUUUGAAGAAAUAAUUUAUAGUGAAGGUAUUCCACAUUCAUUAAGACCAUUUCUUUGGACUAUUUUAAGUGGUGGAUUAAAAAAGAAAAAAAAAAGUAUAUUUAAAUACGAACAAGUUGUAAAACAAUGUAUGACAAAAUUAAAUAUUUCUAUUAAUACACAAAUAGAAAAAGAUGUUUUAAGAACAUUACCAAAUAAUAUAUGUUUUUUAAAUGAAAAUUCUUAUGGUACAAAUAGUUUAAGAAAUAUUCUUAAAUCAAUUGCAUUUUUAUAUCCAGAUUUAGGAUAUUGUCAAGGUAUUGGUAUGGUUGUUGCAAAUAUUUUACUUGUAUGUCCUGAAGAAUAUACAUUUUGGAUAAUGGUAUCAAUUAUUGAAGAUAUUUUACCAACAAAUUAUUAUUCACAUUCAUUGGUUGAUUUACAAAUUGAUCAAAAAAUAAUUCAACAUCUUAUUAAAAUUCAUAUACCAGAAUUAUAUGAUUGUUUAAUAAAUAAAAAUAUAGAUUUAAGUAUGGUAACUGCUAAUUGGUUUUUAACAAUUUUUGCAUCAUCAUUACGAACAGAUUUUUUAUUUAGAAUAUGGGAUUUAUUUUUAGUUUAUGGAUGUUCAAUAAUUUUUCGCAUAAUAAUAAGUAUGUUUAAGAUAAAUGAAGAACAAAUUAUAUGUAUGUGUCGUGAUAAUGAUACAAUUAUUAAUAUUGAUAUAUUUAAUUAUAUAUCUAAAAUACCAAAAAAUAUUAAAAAAAUUGAAGAUAUUAUUGAAAUGUCUAUGUCAUUUGAUUAUGUUAUAUCACCGAAAAUUAUUCAAGAAUUAAGAAAUGAUUUUCAAAAUGUUAUUAAUGAAAAUUGUGGUAUAUAUAAAAAGAUAAGUAAAGAACAUUUAUUAAAUAAACAAGCUAUUGUAUCAGCACAAUUAUUUAAGUCAAAAAGUUUUUUACAACAAAUAUUUAAUAGUUCUAGUAAUAAUGAUAAAUUUGAUAUAAAAAUGAAAAAUAUAAGACAAACAGAAAUUAUUAUUAAUUUAAAAAAUGCAAUUGGUAGAUUAAUUAAACAUUUUGAAUGUUGUAAUGAAAAUCAUAAAUUUAAUAAUAAAAAUAUUGUUGAAUAUGAAUUAUUUAAUUAUAUUAAAGAAAAAGAAUUAUUUUUAAAAAAAAGAAGAGAAGGAAGAAAAAGAGCUAGAGCUUUGUUAAAUUUUAAUAGUCAAGAAGAAGAUGAAUUAGGAUUUUUAAAAAAUGAUGUUAUAACAAUUAUUAAUGAUAAAGAUGAACAUUGUUGGAUAGGUGAAAUAAAUAAUCGUCGUGGUUGGUUUCCUGCAAAAUUUGUUGAAAUUAUUAAUGAAAUAGGUAAAAGUUAUUGUAGUUAUGGUGAUGAGACAAUUAACGAAGAUGUUUCCCGAAUUAUAAGAGAACAUUUUAUGACUGCUAUUAGUACUAUAUUUGAAAAUGAGAUAAGAAAUGAUAUGAAUUAUCAUCCAUAUCAAUUUAUAGAAGAAAUUUCAAAUAAUAUUAUACAAAAAAAUUGUCGUAUUAUAGACAGUCGUUUGGCAUUAUGUAAUACUUUUAAACUUGAACAGGAUGAAAAAAUUUUAUCACCUGAAGAAUUAUUGUUUCGUUCUGUUCAUAAUAUAAAUUCAACAUAUAAUACAAUAUCAUGUAAACAAAAAAAUGAUAUUAAAUUUCGUAGUUUAAUUGCAUUUGGUUUAAAUGAACAAUGUUUACAUUUAUGGUUUGGAGCUUUAUGUGAUAGUGUUAUACAUGAAAGUAUAAGAAAAAAAUAUUAUAAAGGGACAUCAUUUAUUAGAUCACCAGGAUGGGUUCAAAUAACAUGUGAAUUAAGAGUUUUAUCGCAAAUGUCAUUUAAUCUUAAUGUUGAUUAUGAAUUAUCACAAAAUAUUUUUAAAAAUUCAUUAAUUAAAAAUUUAAAUAAAAAUGUUAAAAAUAAUGUUAUAUCAAAAAUAUCAUCACCUAUGUCCCAAGAAAUUUUAAAUAAUGGAAAUACAAAAAAGUUAUCAAAUACAACUACACAUGAACCGUUAAAAGAGGGUGUACAAGAUGUUCUUAUCAAACAUCAAUUAUUUAGUUGGGAUCUAUGA